AUGAUGAUGGCAGGAGGAAGAGGAGGAGAGCUGUCGUCUUUCGACACCAACGAUGAUGAUGAAGAAGAAGAAGUCGUCGUUCUGAAACAGGAGGAGGAGGAUUUGGAGGACAGAGGAGGAAGAGGUCGAAACUCUUUCAGAGAGAGGUUGAAUAAGAUUGUCCAGACGACGGCGAGAAACUCGUGGUCGUUAGUGAGACAUUUCAAGAGCGGAGGAGGAACGGCGAGAAGCGCAUCGGAAGAGGAGGAGGAAGAAAAGGAGGAGGACGGAAGAGGGAAGAACGUAAGGGAAGAAUCGCUCUCGCAUUCAGUGCCGAAAAAAAUCGCGAGGUACUUCCGCGCGGAGAGGAGACGGACUUUGACCGCGUUGACUUUAUUGACCGCGUUUCCGCCGAUACUGAGAGCGUCCGUGGAAGUUUCCGGGACGAGGAUUUUAGAUUAUAUGGUGACAACGAUCGUAAGUUUAGUGGUUUUGUUAUCCAUGUCUUUGUAUAACUGGGAACGGGAGGUAUAUCCGGCGAUGAAGAUGCUUUUGUUCGCGGCGUUGGUCGUCGCGCAAUUGUUGGCGGAAAACGUGUGCGUGGCGUUGAUUACGCAUUUGGACGAGAAUAAGUUUGUGUACACGUCGUUGCAAGAUAAUUUGUAUCAGUGGUUACGUCGCGGGUGCGAGACGUCGAGAGCUUUGAAGGAAUUGUUUUGUGGUACGUUUCCCGGAUGGACGACUUUGCAUUUUGGCGCGUGGGUAAUUUUAGGCGUGUUGGGACCGACGCUCGGCGGCGAAGGCGAAGGUUUGGGUAGGAUGCUUUUUAAGAAGAACACCGAUCAUCAAAAAACGCUCUCGAGGGACGAGCGACCGUUGAACGGUCAUGAUAAUAGUCGUAGUAACAGUAGAGACGAAGAGCGCGGAGAAAAACGCGCGGGAAGGUUUGAGGACAAAUCACCUAACGCCGCUUUCUCGCCGGCGGAAGAGCAAAUUGCAAGCGGCAUCAAUAUUAGUAGUAGUAUUAAUAGUAGUAGUAGCUCAAGAAGUGUUUUUGGGAUUGCAGCUCGAACGUGCGCGACGAUUGCGUUAGCGCGCGCCAUUCGCGUGGUGUCAUUCAUGCUUACCGUGGUACCAAAUCCAAAGCCCGGGUGUUACAACCGUCAAUUUUCGGACGCGCCGAUGCAAUACGAAGACGGUUGGCAUUUAAUUGAAUACGGAUCGAGUCGAAUUCGGGGAACUGGUGGGUGCAACGAUUUGAUCUUCUCCGGACACGGUGUCAUAUACAUGUCUGGCUUCUUGUGCUUAGCAACGCACGGUAUAUCUCUGGGUAGUUUCGUCGUAUUUUUAGCCGUAUUACACGCGUCGUGUAAAGAAGCGCUGGAUCAAACGCACUACGGCGUGGAUAUGUUUUUAGCCAUCGCGGUGACGGCACUGAGUUGGCGCGAGUGUCACACCGUCGAAAAGUGGGUUACCGGGACUUCAUCAAAAGACGACGAAAUAGGAAAGGGAGGAGGAAGAGGAGAAGAAGAAGAAGAAGAAGAAAAGAAGAGAAGAGGGAAAUUCCAAUUAAGUAAGCGAGCGAGGCGUGGUUUGAGCUUUUGUUUACCAUUUCUCAUCAUCGCGCUCGUCAUCGCUGGUGCGACUGUGUUCAUCACCAGCGACGCCUAA